AUGUCUGCGCCGACCACGUCAGACCCCAUACAACAAAGUGGUACUUUGUCCAAGUCGCAGAAAAAGAAACACAAAAAGAAGGCGGCUGCUGCGAACAAGGCGGACGAGACAGACAGCAAAGUGAAUGAGGGGGACCACUCCAAGAGCGACGCCGAGGACCACGACGAGGACGCCGAGGAUGAAGCUGGACAGACUGUACGCGAUGACCCGGACGCCGACGACGUAGACGACGAACAGCCUCCGCUAUCGCCUACCAUACAAACAAACGGCACCCCGCACCACAGCAUUUCCUCGGCGAUUGCUCUCGGAUUGGCACGCUCACGUUCGCAACAAGGCAUCUCUGCAUCCCCCCCGCCGCCAUCAGACACCAGCGCACGCCUGGACGCGAUAACCAAGGAGCGCGACGCGCUACGGCAACAAGUCACCGAGUUGAAGAGCGCUGCAACGUCCGAUGGCUCAAACCCAAAUCACGAAGAAGAGAUACGAAGCCUGCGGGAGGAGCUCGACGAGGCCAACGAGGGCAAAGAGCACUUUGAGACACAGUACAAAAACUUGCUGGGCAGGGUCAACACCAUCAAGACUAGCCUGGGCGAUCGACUGAAGGCGGACGCGGCCAGAAUCGAGGAAUUCCAAUCGCAAAUCUCCGACCUCGAAGAACAGACGCGUGAAUUACAAGAGAACAACAACAGCCUUGCAGAGGAGCUCGCAAAGUUGCGACAAGAAAAGGAGGCUCAAGCAUCCGAGAUCGAGACACUGCGAAGCAGGUCGACCCUCUCACAGCAAAACUGGAUCAAGGAACGCGACGAACUCAUUUCCCGCGAAGCAUACGCACGAGAAGAGUUUGAAAAUGCCAAACAAGCCAUGCAAGACUGGGAAGUUCUGGCCAUGAACGAACGGUCCCUGCGUGAAAACCUUGCUGAAAAGGAUGCCGAGUUGCGCGACCAACUCGAUUCGAUGAGAGAAGAGUAUGAAAGAGCUGCUAGGGACAGGGACACCAACAAUCAAGCCGUAGAAGGUUUACAAAAGGCGCUACAAGAAGUCCAAAAUCUGCGGAAAGCUGAACUCAAAAAGUCAGUCGAAACCUACGAAUCGCAAAUCAACGAUCUUAGGAAACAAGUCCAAGCCGCCGAAUCAGCAUCUGCCACGGCCAAAGCCACCUUGGACCAAACCCAAAAAGAUCUCGAGCGCGCCCUGCCCUUUGAAAAGGAGGUCAAAGAGAAGAACCUGCUCAUUGGCAAACUCCGCCACGAAGCUGUGACAUUAAACGAACAUCUGACAAAGGCGCUGCGCAUAUUGAAAAAGGGGCGGCCGGAGGAUAACGUGGAUCGGCAAAUCAUCACGAAUUACUUUUUGCACUUUUUGAGUAUAGAUCGGAGUGAUCCAAAGAAGUUUGAGGCGUUGCAGUUGAUUAGUGCGUUGUUGGGAUGGACGGAUGAGCAAAAAGAGCAAGCAGGUCUUGCCCGCCCCGGCACAGCUACCUCAAGUGGCAGCCUCCGCCUUCCUUUAUCGCCCUUCAGGCGCACACCGUCGACGCCGAGCUUAAGUGCGGCGGCGGCGGAUCCCAUGCUCAUGGCUAGUAGCUCUAGUAACAAGGAGUCGUUGGCUGAGCUAUGGCAGGAUUUCUUGGAGCGAGAGGCUGCCGAGGGCAGAGUUGGCGCGGAGAGGAGGGGGAGCAAUGUGUCGCGGGCGGGAAACACU